AUGGUUAGGGCUUGUUUCAGCUUUUCUCUCUUUCUUCUGCAGUCUUGCUUUGUCUCUCCCACGCCAUUUCCUAAACUCGAGCAUUUGCUGUUAGAUACGCAAGACAUCACCCGAUCUCUGCUUCAACGGCAAGCCAGCACGACGUCGACUCUUCUCAGGACAAGCGACAAGCACCCACCUGGGUUACAGCCCCCCGCGCACCAGAAACCCCGAGGGGUUUCCAUUUUUCAGAUUCUCUCAGUUCAGAAUCCGGCGACCGUUCAGAGCGGUUCGCUCUGGCGGGACCCAUGUAUCGAGGACACGCUGGCGGGCAACUAUCGAGUAGGACCAGACUACCAUGUCGAAUACUCUCCACAAGAGUCGCACCCGGGGGAGCAAAGCCAAACUCCGCACGCAUACGACUCACACCACCAUCAUCGAGCUAAUCCGAUGCAGCAACAUUCAGGACACGGCGGCUUACACGAGCAGCCCGCCUCACACUCCCACCAUACAAUGUCGCAACAUCAUCCUGCCCACCAUCACCACCACCAGAUCCUGAUGGAUCCGGGCCAUCUGGGAGGGCACCCGGCGGCCAGGCACAUGGGCCAUCAACCUCCGCACUAUGGUGCAGGCCCCUCGCCUCAUGCUGUCGUCGGCGCGCCAUUGUAUCCGUCGUUAACACCAACUCAGUCGCACAGCGCAGGUUCGAAGCGCCCACGGCCGGACGACCUUGAUCUCUCAGUUCCCGGCAUCCCCGACCUCGAGCAAGGUGACCUCGAUCCCAUGCAGCAGUCUUCCAUGGGAGCUGCGUACGCACAGGCGGCGGCGGCGGCGGCUCCAACCCAUCAUCAUCAUAGACUCCCAGAUCAGGGACCGCCAUCCAAAAUAAUGAGGCGCGACGGCGAAGGAGGUAUGGGCAGUGGGGUAGGAGGCGCACCAAGUGUGGUAGGACAGGUUGGGAUGCCUGCGCCUGCACCGCGACCAAGGGGCCCAAAAUUGAAGUUUACUCCAGAAGACGACGCACUCCUCAUCGAUCUGAAGGAAAACAAAAGCUUGACUUGGAAGCAGAUAGCAGACUUCUUCCCUGGACGCUCUUCCGGAACCCUCCAGGUCCGCUAUUGUACUAAGUUGAAAGCAAAGACUACACAGUGGACAGAUGAAACAGAUCAAAAGCUUCGAACGGCACUUCAAGACUACGAAAACGAGAAAUGGCGCUAUGUCUCAAACAAAGUUGGCCCAGGAUUCACUCCACAGGCCUGUCGUGAACGAGCUGCACAGUUGUCCGGCGAGAUGCCAGAAGAGGUCGGCGCAGAAGAGAGCUUAUAG